AUGACCUGGAUCGUGCCCAAGGAGGACGCGGUGACGCUCGGCGAGCUGCACGGCGAGCUCUACAGCGUCUCGCAGCACGAUGACGCGCACCUGGGCGACGAGUUCAUCCGCCGCGGCGGCCGCGUGUACCACCCGGCGCGUGUGGCGAGCGCUAAGCCGCGGCCCUUCGGCCAGAGCGAGUCGCUGACGGAUGAGCAGGACGAGGAGCUGGACUCGGGCGCGCUGCGGCUGCUGAAGCGCACGCUGCGCAGCGCCAGGAGCUUCCUGAUGGACGAUGAGCUGAAGCUGCUGAACACGGCGCUGGAGGCUGCUGGGGGCGCCGCGCAGAGGCUCCUGAGCGCUGCGACGGGCGCGGAGGACGAGGAGCUGCCGGAGCCAUCGGAGCUCGUGGCGGACUCGGCCACGGGCGAGAGCAUCGUGGACCUGAGCUGGCACCCGACCAAGAACCUGCUGGCUGUGGCGCAGCUGGACGGAGUUGUCGCGCUCUACCACGUGGAGAGCGCGACGUGGGACGCGCGCGUGCUGGAACACCCCAGGCAGGUGGACGUUGGCAGCAUUGAGUGGGGCAAGUUCACGGGGGACACGCUGGCCGUGGCCUGCAGGUCGGGAGUGUUCCUGUGGAAGGUGCCGCAGAAGAAGAAAGAACCGGUGCUGCUGGAGAUUUUGAAGCACCCGAGCAACGCCCCAUUCAGCCAAGUGAGCUGGAACGCGGACGGCAGUUUGCUGGCGGCUUUUGGAAAAGGAUCGAGGUCGGUGAUUGUGUUCGACGCCAUCUUCUCCAGGAAAACCGAGCUGCAGAGCCCGUACAAGCUGGCGGCGCUGCAUUGGUCGCCGACUGGCGAGUAUUUAUUCGUGACCACAGAGAGUGGCGUGUCGUUGAUGUGGGAGACCCUGACCUGGAAGAGGGAGACGUGGGAGAUUGCCGCCGGGGGCUGUGGAUGGUCGAGUGACGGCAGGUGCAUGCUCGUGGCGCUUCGGAACAGCGACCUUCUGUAUCCGUACAUUUUCCAGGAUUGCCCUCCAUCGAUAGACGCACAGAUUAGUUCACCCGCUCUCGAGUUCGCUGAGAAGGAGCUGUUUUCGCUGGACCGAAGCACGUCUGCCAUUGUUGGUGGCAAGGUCCAAAACAUCGCAUGGGAUCAAAGUGGAACAAGGGUAGCAGUCACGUAUAAAACUACUGCAUCGGGCUCUCACCAAGCUGGCACCUCGAAGUUGGUCGCCAUUUUCAGCGUGGCUUGGCAGCCUUUCCUGAUUUUCACACGCAGUGGACUAUUGCGCGGACCUCCUAACGCCGGCGUGCCGCGAAAGCUUGCAUUUGCCUCAAACUUCAAGCAUGGAGCACUGUUGAGUGUUGCCUGGAGCAGCGGCUUGAUCUCAUUCCACCCGUUCUAUUUGCAAGACCCCAAAGCGCCGUAGCUUCUUCCCUAGUGCAUCGUGUUAGAGGACAUUCACGCAGCUGAAGGACGAGGCAGCAUCAAGACUAAGCGUCCAAAUUGAGAGCUGCUGCAUUGC